GAAAAUACAAGAGGAAAAAGGAAACUUUUUUUUCCUCUUCUUUAGGGGGUUUGGUUGAUCUGCAACCUAAACAAAGAGCAUUUUGUUGUCAGCGGACAUGGCGGUGCCAGGAUGGGAAUUGAAUUCACAAAACCAAGGAGUACUCUUGCCCCAUACCCUGUACGGAGUACACCCCAAAUCUUUGCUCAAUACAAGGCAACGUGCAGAAAAGAUUCAGCAUACUCCGGCAGCUUACGCAGGAGAGUUCCAAUUUUAGCUCUUCAAUGAAUUUUAUAUGAGACAAACUGCAAACAAAGGCUGACGAGUUGUCUUCGCUGCUAGAGUUGGAUACCGCAGAGCGAAAGAGAGGUGCAAACCUGAGUGACGCAUGUCAACGUCUACCAUGUCAUUGGUGCGCAUAUUUUGUCCUCUGCCUAGCAAAGCCUUAGACAAGUGAAUGCUCGGCGAGCAAGGUCCGGUAUGUUUGUACCAGGAUGACACAUUCUCGAAGACUAGUUUGUGGCUGUGGUGUUUCAAUCGUGGCCCAAGUACUCUGUACACGCAGUCACUUUCGAUGGAAGAGAUGGAAUUGCCGACAGAGAGUUGUGCCAGAACACACACUUCAUUCAGCAAGCCGCCCCGGUAAAUUCGUUUAUGCUCGGGCGGGAGAAUUUACAAAUCUGUCAAAGCCCGAAGACCAGCCUCCGUUUUUAACUCCACCUGAAGUCCCAGGGUCUUCGUUAAGAAAUUGACCAAAAUAACCUACCGCAUUGUUGGAUUAACUAAAUGGCUGCGGAUCCCAGGCGACUUGCUAGGGGGAACGGGACUGAUCGGAAUUCAACGCCACACAAAGUGGAC